CGUUGUUUUAGCGCCGGCUCGAUUUAUUAAGAACAGUUACUUGCGCGACAAAACCCAUUGAAGAAGUGUGAAUAAGUGCUAAAACAGUUGACUUAAUUUUUGUUUUCCACUUUUGUACUGGUUUUCCGAUUUUGUGAAACUAUUUAAGUUUUUCCUCGAUUAUUCGAGUGAAACUAAAUCAAAAUAAAACAUACAAGAAAUUAUUUACAUUGGUCGGUUUCAGAGUAUUUCGGUUCGGAGUGGUUUUCUUCGUGUGUUUCUUCGAUGCAAUGUUUUCGAUUGUGCCAUUUUUAAGCAAUAUAUAGUAUAAUUUGUGUUUUGUAUUUCUGUAAUUGGAUUGUGGAAAACGUAUUUCUGCGAAUGUAAAAUACAGAAUUAAUAUACAUUUAUCAACUUCAAUAAAACUUUGUCAUAAUGUUCAUAUGUAUAUGUGUGUGUCCGUCGCAAUAUUUGUGGACUGAAAUUUUAUUUACAAAUUUAGCAAAAUACACUUCCAUUUGCCUUUGCGUUAUUAAAUGACUGCAAAUGUCUAUAUAAACAUACAGUAUCCAGCCAACUAUUGGAAAUACCUACAAUUUUUACAACUUUAAAAAUACUGUAAGAGGGUUUGAAACUGCAUGUGCUUUUUUACCUUACACAACUGAGAAAAGGAAUAUUUUUAAAAUGGCAAUGUAACAACGAGAUGUCGGUGUCAGGGACUUCGUGCUUCUAGACCAAAUAACAAUGGAAAAAUUUAUGGACAACUUGCAAAAAAGAUUUCAAGCUGGUUCUAUUUAUACAUAUAUCGGUGAAGUCUGUGUAUCUAUUAAUCCAUACCGCCAGAUGAAUAUUUACGGCCCCGAUACGAUCAAGAUAUAUAAAGGCCGGGAACUGUUUGAGAAUCCGCCACACAUUUUCGCUAUAGCCGAUGCAGCAUACAAAAUUUUAAAACAAAGACAUCAAGACACUUGUAUCUUGAUAUCGGGAGAGUCCGGUGCGGGUAGAACUGAAGCGUCAAAAAUUAUUAUGAAAUAUAUUGCGGCCGUUACAAAUAUCCAUGGUCAGAACGAGAUCGAGAGGGUGAAGAACGUGCUAAUACAAAGCAAUUCAAUCCUGGAAACAUUUGGAAAUGCAAAAACGAAUCGGAAUGACAAUUCAAGUCGAUUUGGAAAAUACAUGGACAUUGAGUUCGACUAUAAAGGGGAUCCAGUAGGCGGCAUUAUCACUAAUUAUUUGUUGGAAAAAUCACGUGUUGUGCAACAACAAGUGGGUGAGAGAAAUUUUCACAGUUUCUACCAGCUUCUGCGAGGUGCUAGCGAUAAUGAAUUGCGGCAAUUUGAUCUCGUCAAAGAUCCCACCAGAUACCAUUAUAUGAAUCAAGUCAGUAUCGACGAACUCUCUGAAAAAGCAGACUACAAAGGCACAAAUAAUGCUUUCAAGACGCUUGGAUUCUCUACUGAAGAAGUGCAAACUAUUUGGCGUACUAUUGCAGCUGUUCUUCAUUUGGGCAACAUUGAAUUCCAAUCGAUUGAAGAUGAUCUGGUUAUCAGUAACAAAUCGCAUUUACAAUCUGCAGCUAAGUUAUUGCAAGUGACAGAGAACGAGUUGUCUAAUUCUUUGACAACUCGAGUUAUUGCUGCUGGCGGAACCGUUAUGCAAAAGGAACAUAAUGACACCCAAGCUGAGUAUGGCAAGCAUGCCUUGGCUAAAGCCAUUUAUGAUCGUCUAUUUACUUGGAUCAUAGAACGCAUAAAUCGUGCAAUUUUGUUUCGCGGUUCGAAGACUCAGGCGCGCUUCAACUCAGUGAUUGGCGUUUUAGACAUUUAUGGAUUUGAAAUUUUUGACAGCAAUAGCUUUGAGCACCAAUUUUGUAUAAAUUAUUGCAAUGAAAAGUUGCAACAGUUGUUUAUUGAGCUGGUAUUAAAACAGGAGCAGGAAGAGUAUCCACGAGAAGGAAUUGAAUGGACCAAUAUCGUCUAUUUCAAUAACAAGAUUAUCUGCGAUCUAAUCGAACAACCGCAUAAGGGUUUGAUUGCUAUUAUGGAUGAAGCUUGCCUCUCGGUAGGUAAAAUCAACGAUGAAACACUACUAGAUGCUAUUGCUCAUCCGCAUUACAGCAGUCGCCAAUUGAAACCAAUGGAUAAAGAACUAAAACAUCGAGAGGAUUUUCGAAUCACACAUUACGCGGGUGAUGUUAUUUACAACAUCAGUGGAUUCAUUGAAAAGAAUAAGGACACUUUGUAUCAGGAUUUCAAGCGACUUUUAUAUCACUCUAAAAAUGCCAACUUGAGUAAAAUGUGGCCCGAAGGUGCCCAGGAUAUUAAGAAGACUACCAAACGUCCUCUUACCGCUGGAACGCUUUUCAAACGCUCCAUGAUAGAUUUGGUGAACACGCUUUUAAAAAAGGAACCAUUUUACGUCCGCUGCAUUAAACCUAACGAUAUAAAGAGUGCAACUGUGUUUGACGAUGAGCGUGUACAGCAUCAGGUUCGCUAUCUUGGUCUGCUGGAGAACGUGCGAGUCCGUCGAGCUGGAUUUGUACACCGUCAACGAUACGAUAAGUUUUUAUUACGUUACAAAAUGAUUUCUCAGUAUACAUGGCCUAAUUUUCGCGGAGGCAGCGAUCGCGAUGGCGUGCGAGUUCUAAUUGAAGAAAAAGGAUUCGCCAAUGAUGUGAAAUAUGGUCAUACAAAGGUGUUCAUACGCUCACCUAAAACAUUGUUCACAUUAGAGCGGCAGCGAAAUGAAAUGAUUCCUCAUAUAGUUACAUUGUUACAAAAGCAGGUUCGUGGUUGGAUAGCACGGCGUAAUUACAAGAAAAUGAAGGCCGCGCUCGCCAUAAUGUGUGCUUAUAAAACGUAUAAAUUACGCUUUUACGUACAUGACCUAGCUCAACGAUUCCGUAACGUCAAGAAUACAAGGAACUAUGGUAGAAGCAUCCAAUGGCCAAAACCACCAUUUGCCGGACGACAAGUAGAACCUCAAUUACGACGUAUUUUUAACAAAUGUCGAGCUUAUAUGAUACUCCGAAAAUAUCCACGAUCUGAGUGGCCCCAACUACGUUUGCAGAUCAUUGCUGCGACUGCGAUAAAGGGCCGUCGGCCAUAUUGGUGGCAGCAACGUAAAUGGCUUGGUGACUAUUUAGCUAAUUCGCAAGAAAAUUCAGGCUAUCAAGCUUAUAGCAUCAACACAAGGAAUUUAAAGAACAGCGAGGCAUAUAAUGCGGUUCUCUUUUCCUCUUUUGCAAAGAAAUACAACAAGCAUAAUAAAUCUGCUGAUCGCGCUUUUAUCGUAACGGAUACGGCUAUCUACAAACUAGAUGGAGCCAAACACAAAUUUAAAAACAUGAAUCGCUCUAUAUCUAUUAAAGACUUAACAUCGAUCAGCAUAAGCCCUGGACGUGACCAACUUAUAGUAUUUCAUUUGACAACAAAUAAUGACUUGGUAUUUGCCUUGCAAGGUGAAAAUUCACAAUUGAAAGAGGACCGCAUCGGCGAAGUAGUGGGUGUGAUCUGUAAAAAAUACUUCGAUAUUUGCCAACGUGAUCUGCGUGUGGAUGUUAGUGCUACAAUAGCCUGCCGAUUGGGUGGUAAAUCCCGAACCAUUAUCAUAGAGGGUGAACCAGGAGUAGAAAGUCCGAAUUUCCGACAUACAGUGGGAAAUAUAAUUUUCGAAAUUCCACCAUCCUAUUGCGCUUAAAAAUGAAUGCGCUUUAAAAAUGAAACUACUGGAAAUUCUUCUAUUGUCUGGUUUUUAUAUCCGACUUGUUCGUGCCGCUUUCUAAAAGUGCAUCUGUAUAUUUUUGUGUAUAUAGCAUUAUCUUUGACUUGUAUUGUUUAAAUAUUUGUGUGCAGCAUUUUACAAAGCGUUUCCCCCUUUUGUCGUUUAAUAUAAAAACGGUGCAACUCCAAUUAUGUUGUCAACAUUUGCACCACUUUUCGUUGAGUUUAUUAAUAAUGGAAAUAACACAGUUUUAAAUCUA